AUGACCACCAAGUCUCUAGCGGUCGGCGAAAGACUUCACCACCUGAAAAUUGUUUUCAGCAACAGUUUCGUGUAUGCUCAAGUGCUGCGUCGGACGGACAAUCAUAUCGUGGCAACGGCGAGCACAGUCGAAAAGGCGCUGAAGGUCACGCUGAAGCAUACCGCGGACAAGACUGCCGCCUCGGUUAUUGGGAAAGUUAUCGCGGAGAGGUCCAACGCCGUGAAUGUAAACGCUGUCUACUUUCCGAAGCCAGAAGGAAAACGUUUUCACGGCAAGCUAAAAGUGCUCGUAGACACGCUGCGAGGUUCAGGGUUGUCCCUCAAUUUCAGCACGCGAGCCCAUUGUUUUCCCACGGCAACGCGAUGAUGUAUACGUGCUCACUUUUCGGGCUUGAGUUCAGAGAUAGAAUAAAAAUAGCAGACACGAGGUGAGUGUCUUGGGCGAACAGCUUCACCUCACGGGCAAGCAAGAACAAUUUAGAUGAAAAUCAUUUCCUUCGAAUAUGCCAUCAAAAAGAAGUAAAAGUG